AAAAAGUAUACCUCUUCAAACAUUCCCCAAUAUCUGCUUUAUUUACAUUUCUGCCCUCCUGAAGGUUCAAGAAAAAGACAAUUCUUUCCCUAUUUUGUAGAUUUUUGUUUUGGGUUUUGUAUUGUCAUCUCUGAAAGGAAAUCUAGGGUUUUUAAAGGCUUAUUUAGGGUUUUCUUGAUCUUUGUGGUUUUGGGGUUUUUUUUUUGUUUUUUCGUUUUUUGGAUUUUUGGGAUUUCUCAUCUCUUACAAGAAAAUCUAGGAUUUUUAAAGGGUUAUUUAGGGUUUUCUUGAUCUUUGUGGUUUUGGGUUUUUUUUUUUUUUUGGAUUUUUGGGAUUUCUCAUCUCUUACCAGAAAAUCUAGGGUUUUUAAAGGGUUAUUUACGGUUUUCUUGAUCUUUGUGGUUUUGUUUUUUGUUUUUUGUUUUUUGAUUUUGGAUUUUUGGGAUUUCCCAUCUCUUACAAUAAAAUCUAGGGUUUUUUUUUUAGGUAUUAGGGCUUUUGUUUUUUGUUUUUAUUUAUUUUUUAAUUUUUGGCGGAUAUUUAUUUAUUUAUUGUGUUUUUCUUGGCAUUUGGGCCAUUGGGCUUUUUACGGUUUCUAGUUUUUAAUUUUAAUUUGAAUUUUUUAAUUUAAUUUUUAAUAUUUUCCCAAAAUGCCCCCAUUUACCGAUCCUUCCCUUCCCUCCUCUGGAUUCCCACCCAUGAAAUCAGAUCCCAACAUCGUCACCCUUAAUGUGGGUGGCCACCUCUUUCAGAGCACCCCUCAAACCCUAACCCUAGCCGGUCCAAAUUCCAUCCUCUCCACCUUCUCCAAUCACCCUUUUCCCCAAUCAGAUCAUAUACCUUUCAUUGAUAGAGAUCCUGACCUUUUCUCCAUCCUCCUCUCUCUCCUCAGGACUGGCAAUCUGCCCUCCAAAGCAAGAUCCGUUGAUCUCCAAGAUCUCAUCUCAGAGUCCCAUUUCUAUGAUCUACAAUCCCUUUUGAUCUCAGCCAUUGAAAACCCAUCUCAAUUCGACGGUUUCAAUGCUGAGAAAUCUGUGAUCUUGCCGUUGAAUGGCCGGGAUCCUCCCUCGGCGAUCGCCACCACACCGUUUGGGUCCGUCCACGUCGCCCAUGGCAGCAAGAUCACAUCCUUCGAUUGGUCGUUGCGCCGGAAAUAUACGAUCCUGACCGAAUUCUACACCAUCGAUUCGCUUCUUGCAGUCUCACCGACUGUCGCUGCAGCCGGUGCGACCGACUUCUCCGGCCUCCAGAUCGUCAAUCUCGAGACGGGUUCUGUCGAGGAGACCCUGAAUUGGGAGAAUUCAACCAAUUCGAUCUCAACGGUCCAGGCGAUCGGCUCGUCGCCUGAAUUCUUAUUUACAAGCUUCGAAUCCAGCCGCCGGAAUUCGAGCUCUAUCGUUGUCUUUGAUCGGACGGGUGACUCGCUCCGACCGGUCGUAGAGAUCGGCCGGGGGGAGAUAUAUGGUGCAGAUCUCAAUUCAGCAAUACCUGCCACAAAACUCGAGUGGGUCCCUGGAUUCAAUCUCCUGAUGGCAUCUGGGUCCCAUGGUGGGCCAUCUGGGCUGGUGGGCCAUAUCAGGUUGUGGGAUGUGAGAUCAUCCAAUGCAGCUUGGGAAUUGAAGGAGAAGGAGGAUUGCUUCUCUGAUGUAACUGCAUCUGGUAAUCUCUCUGCAAUCUUCAAAGUGGGUGUGAAUUCAGGUGAGGUUUUCAUGGCUGAUUUGAGAAAUCUAAGGGCUGAGAAUCCAUGGAUUGAUCUUGGUGGGAGGAGAGGGAAUGGUAGGAAAGAGGGUGGUGGGUGUAGGAUCCAAGCCCAUGGUAAUCAGGUGUUUUGCAGCAAGGGUGGGGAUGUGGAGUUGUGGUCAGAGGUUCUUAUGGUGGGGCCCACCAGGGUUGAUGGUGUGGAUGAAGGGGGGAGGGUGUUUAGGAGGAAUGUGAUGGGGAGGGUGAAGGAUAUGGGGGGGUGUAGGAUAACACAUAUGGGGUUUGGAGGGAAUAAGAUGGUGUUGGGUAGGAAAGAUCAGCAGGCUGUGGAAGUGUGGCAAAGCUCAUCAAGGGUCUGAUCUUGUCUAUUUUGUGGGGCCCAUCUUUUGGUUUUUGUGAAUAUGAAGGGGUGUGAACUGUAUUUGAAUUGUACAAUUUCAUCCAUCCUUUUUUUUUUUUUUUUGUUGUAAAUAGAUGGGUGUGAUUAUUGGUGGACCAUUUGGAUCACCAGAAGGUGGGCCACACAUGUAAAUGUAGUUCAAAAAUGGAAGAUGGAUUAAGCAAGAGCAGUUGGUUUUUAGAA